AUGUCCGGCUACGAAAACUGGCUGGAGAAAAGGAGGAAUUAUUGUCCCAGGUUAGAAAACUGAAGAUGCAGUUGGAAGAAGAACGACAGAAAUAUUCUAAAAGUGAUGGCAUGAAUCCAGAUAUCAUAGGCUUAGAGAACGGUUCUGACUUGCAGCUAAUUGAAAUCCAGAGAGAUGCCAACAGACAAAUUAGUGAAUACAAAUUUAAGCUUUCAAAAGCUGAACAAGAUAUAACUACCUUGGAACAAAAUAUUGGACGGCUUGAGGGGCAGGUUGCAAGGUAUAAAAAUGCAGCAGAAAAUGCAGAAAAAGAAGAAGAUGAGCUCAAAGCUGAAAAGAGGAAGCUUCAGCGAGAGUUAAGAACAGCACUGGAUAAGAUAGAAGAGAUGGAGAUGACCAAUAGCCACUUAAUGAAAAGGCUGGAGAAGAUGAAGGCAAACAGGACUGCGCUUUUAUCUCAACAGUGAAGUGGAAAUUGAAAAUAUGAUGCACUGCUCCUUGAAUAACUAGCCCCUAGCUUGUUUUUAAAGACAGACUUUCACUGGCACAAACUAUUUGAACACUGAGCUGUUCAUUGGUGUUUUAGUUUCAUAAUUAAAUGGCAUACUUCUUUUUGUAACUUAUGAGAGAAUGAAAUGUAGUUUGAAUUCCCAUGUGAAUGACAGCAAUUUUUCUGUAGCGUUUCAUUCUAGAAUCAGAGCUGGAGCACAAUGCUGUAUGUUCGACUUAGCGAUAGAAAAUGUUUUUACAACUGUGGAAUCAAGUUUACUCACGAUCUAUUUUGGCUGCUUUAAUGAUGCUUGAUGCUUGGAGACAACUGCAUGAAUUCAAGACGACACUGUAUUACUGUAUUAUAAACUAACAUGUAUUUGCUCAAGACAUCACACAGCACAAGUGCCUUUUAUCUGGUGCAAUUUAGACUUCAUUGUUGAAAUAACCUUUGAAAUCAGAUAACAUUUUAUUUUAAGAUACAUUUGGGGUAUUCACUAAACUUUAUACAUUUUGAACAUACAUUUUUGUAAAAUAUUUAAAUUUAUAAGAAAAAAGUAGGGACUGUAUAUAAAAAUCUGCUUUUUUGCAUGGGCACAUCUGAGUUCUAGGUAAUUUUGUCAAAUACAAGCCCCUGAUACUCUUAGUAUUAAGAGUGCAGAUUUAAAAACUUUCUGUUGUACACCAUCAAAUUAUAUGUCAUCUGCUGCUUAAGUGUGAAUUGAAGUUUUAGGGCGGGAAGAAGGGGUGGGAAAUGUGGCUAAGGAGUUUAUUAAAUGGACACUUUACUGACCAAAA